UGUAGCCUAUAAAUAUGAGCCAUGCUAGCUAGCUACAAUUCCAUUCCAAGUUCAAACAAAAAGAAGAGAGACAUUACACAACCUAUAAGUUAUCUUAGAGGUGAAGUUAUGGCAGGUAAGAAAUCAUCUUCAUUCUCCUUUUGUGGCAUGUUGAAAUCUUGCUUCUCAAGUGGAAGCAGAGAUGAUUACUAUUGCUAUGAUGACAGUCGCAGAAGAGUGUUUGCAAGUGAUGAAGACAGAGGUCGUUGGGUUGCUGAGCCUGGUAUUGACAAGAAAGCAUCUGCUUUCAUUGCUAGAUUCUAUGAAAACCGUAUCACUGAUUCUGAGCAACAAAUUGCAUCUUAAGAUUUUAUUUAUUUAUUUAUUUAUUAAACUCCUUCUUCUUCAUUAAUGUUGUUUUCCAAUAAUCCCCUCCCCAAAUGUAAUCUAAUGUAAUGUAAUGCUUAGUCAGUGUUAUAAUCUGAGGUAUGAAUUCAAACAUGCUAUAGCUGCAAUAAUGUGUUUUGUUAUUACUUAUUAAUAAAUAAUAUAAAAUCACAUUCAUUUUUUUUU